UGCUUCUCUCAAUCUUUCAAUUUUCCAUAUUUCAUUGCCAAUGGUCCUUCACUUUGAUUUGUCAGAUAAGAUCUUAGGUAUAAGUCCUCAGUCAGAUAACAAAAAGUGAACAUGAAGUAAAAGACAUAACAUGCCUUUCCGCUAGGCACCGAACGCCUUCAUGACUGACAAUUCGUCAGCAGAGAAGGAUGCUUUACGCAUGGUAUGGCCCCAAGCAACACAGCUUCUCUGUCACUUCCACGUCUUGCAAGCGGAGUGGAGGUGGCUCACAUCCACAAAGAACGGGGUGCCACGGGAAGACAGGCAGAAGCUGAUGUCGUCUUUCAAGCAGAUCCUCUAUGCAGAUUGUACAGACAAGCUGGAGGUGGCAAUUGCCAAUCUGAGACAGCUCUCCCACGAUAGGUACACCUCCAGAGUGGUGGCCUUCCUCAGCAGGAAGGAGGAGUGGGUGUCUCUGUUCAGGGAAGGAGUCUUGACACGAGGGCAUCAAACAAACAACUUUGCGGAGGCAUCGAUCCGCAUACUGAAGGAUAUAGUCCUCUGCCGGACGAAAGCGUUCAAUGCAGUUGCACUGGCAGAGUUUGUUGCAGUAGUGUGGGAAAAGUAUUUUCAGGUGCGGAUACUGAAACACGCCCACAACCGGGUUGCAUCCCACACCUUGUUGUACGACAAGCUGCUCCAAAGGCUUCCAGAUGAGGCUGCAGCAUCAGUUGUGCAACUUGGGCACAAUAUUUACAGUGUUCCAGGCAAAGCUGGCAGUGGGAGGACAUAUGAGGUGUGUGCCGAGCUGGGUACAUGCACUUGCUACAGCGGCAUCCAGGGCGCAUUCUGUAAGCACCAGGCGCUCGUGCACAAGGUGUAUGGCGGAAGCUUCCCGAACGCUCCGGUGCUAACUGCUGCAGACCGCCACAGACUUGGAGAACUGGCCCUGGGAGAGGAAUGUCCACCAGCACCGUUCUUCUCGGAGUUCCGCGGCACAGAGGAUGACACCGACAGCCAAACAGACCUUCACAGCACAGGCCUCUUCGAGGGUCACACAUUGGAUCCCGGAACAGGAGACAACACCCUAUCUGAUGACAUACAGCCAUGUACCUCAGGACACAGCCAGAUUGCGGAGGUGCAAAAUGAUGGCCGGGCGACUUUCAGGAGAGAACUGGACCGCCUAAUAGACCUGGCUGCAAUAGAUCCAAUGUUGUCAGAGAAGUUUCAAACGACGGGCAAGCAGCUUCAGCGUAUUACGACACAAGGUGGUGCAGCAGAGCUGUUGUUCAAGAUACGUGCUGUCGUGGCAGCUAUGUGCGACUACGAACGGAGAAUAUUCAAACCCCCCAAGGACAAGGAAGAAGAUACUCAGUCCCUCGCGCAGGCCACAAAUCGCGUAUCGGCGUAUUAUCGCAGCAGGUUUCCCUUGCGUUAA